UUCGCUUUGCGCGUGCAUUUCUUUGCCAUUUCUUAGUAGCGCUGCCGCCCACACCACCGCCGUUGCGUGCUCCAACCCCGCAAAGCUCCAAUCCUCCCCUCCCAAGUUUCCUCUUAUUCCUUGUCCCUCUUUCUUCUCGCCUCGAUCUCUCCCCGGCCGCGGAAGGAACCGCCGAUUCGGCGCGCGCGCGCGCCGUGUUUAUAUAUACGCCAUGGACGCAGGGAAAGCAAGGCCCCUACUUUACACCUCUUCUCCGGCAAGUAGCUGUCGCCCGCCGCCGCCCAGUUUUGUGUCUUGGGGGGUUUUGGAGGAGGGGAGAUCAGGUUGAGAUUUGGUCAUUUCGAGGGACGGCAUGGGCCGCAGGGCGUUCGGUCGCUUGGGCUUGGCUUUCGUUCUUGUUGCCCUCUGCGGUGGAACAGAGCAGGGGAGAGCAGAGGCUGCCGGCGGAGCGACGCGGCACAGGAUGCUAACCACGAUCUCGGUGUCGAAGCCGUCCUACCCCACGGUCACCACGCCCAUGUCGGCCUCCGCCGACCCGGACUCGGCGCCGGGCAGCCCGUCGCCCACGUUCCCGUCGUUGGCGGCCGGGAACGGCGGCGGCGAUGCCGGUGGCGUCGGGGGCGGGGGCGGUGCCGGAGCUGGAACCGGUGGCGGUGGCGGUGGUGGUGCCGGUGCCGGCGGCGGCGGCGGUGCCGGAGCCGGAACCGGUGGUGGUGGCGGUGCCGGAACCGGUGGUGGUGGCGGUGCCGGCGGCGGUGGCGGGACGUGGUGCGUGGCGAGCCAGAGCGCGAACCCGACCGCGCUGCAGGUCGCGCUGGACUACGCCUGCGGCUACGGCGCGGACUGCUCGGCGAUCCAGCAAGGCGGGAGCUGCUUCAACCCCGACACCGUGCACGACCACGCGUCCUACGCCUUCAACAGCUACUACCACAAGAACCCCGCCCCCACCAGCUGCGACUUCGGCGGCACGGCCACCAUCACCACCACCGAUCCCAGCUCAGGGUCGUGCCAGUAUCCAGCAUCAAGCGGCGGCGGCGCUCAGACCACGAUGCCCCCGCCGUCUCCGACGACCCUGCCGCCGACCGCCCCGAUGACCCCGAUGACACCGAUGACGCCGGACACUGGCACCCCCGUCAACGGAUUGUCCCCACCCGACUACGGCUCGACGUCCCCUCCCGGCUACGGAUCGACGUCUCCCCCGGACUACAACGACGUCGGCGCCGCCGCGACGACGACGGGGCAGGGUAUGGCGGCGCUCCUGUGCGUCCUGGUCGCGACGAUAUCGCUGCACGCCUCCAAUUGAGAGGGCGCGCGCACAUCUGAAGACGGCGAGCCUGCGACACGGCAGUUUCAGUUCGGACGUUACACGGCGCGCCCCGUACGUGGUGGCUGAUGAACAGAUGCAGAGUUAGGUGCGUUGCACAGGACCUCCGUGGUGGGUACGGUGUUGCUCGGCGCAGAGAGAGAGAGUACAGCCGCAAAUCUGCUUUAUGGUGUCGUACGAAGCGUGGCAAUACAGCGCCCCACCAGUUCUAGCGGGAGCACCAGAUGUUUAUAUGUAUUAUUGGGGAUUAUAUUUUACUACUGUACUACUACCUCCAUAUCUUUUUAUAUGACGUUUCAGACCAAAUAAUUGUACUAAAAUAAACUAAAAUUUUAUGUCCUAACGACAUGUAAAAAGGUAUGGAGGGAGUAUUUAUUAGGAGUAUAUCAGAAAAUUGUUUCCUUGGUCACUCCAUUUGCUUUA